GUGGUGCAAUCCGGCGACAAACCCGUAGCUCAAGCAGGAGUUGUGCAAGAACUCCUCGUUCUCGAAGAUUUGACGCCAACGAACGGUUCAUUCAUGUGGUUGUGAAGACCAAAAAUCCACAAUUCCAUAAAACAAACCCGAAGCACGUUCCUCUUUCUGUUAAAGAUCCUGCCUGAGCUCUGGCAUUGCAACUACUAUGGACGAAGUGCAGAUCGACCAUGAUGAUGUGUUGGCUGAAUCCGAUUAUGAGAAUGCUACGGUCUCCGUUAACGUUGUGGAUGGUGAAAACUCGGUGGGGGAUAGUGUGAUUGUGCCUGAGGUAGGCAUGGAGUUUAAGGAUUUAAAAGACAUAUUUGACUUCUACAAGAAAUACGCUUAUGCAAUUGGAUUUCCGAUUAAGAAAAGGAAUUUGAAAAAGGGGGAUGACGGAGAGUUGAGAUAUGUAACAUUCACAUGUAGCCGUGAAGGUCAAAGAAUCGGUAAUAGUAGCGGUUCCUUCAAGCUCCAACCAACAAUACAAAUGGGUUGUAAAGCCAGGAUAUCCGCAUCAUCAGAUGUUCAUGGGGUAUGGAGAAUUAACAAAGUCCACCUCGACCACAAUCACGAAACUAGUCCAUCGAAAUCUAGGUUAUAUCGAUGUAACCGAGAAUUGAGUUCACACGUGAAACAUAAGCUUGAAGUCAAUGAUUUAGCUGGAAUUCCGUUGCAUAAAAGUUUCAAUUCUACCGUUGUCGAAGCAGGUGGUUAUGAUAACUUGAGUUGUAUUGAGAAAGAUUGUCGAAACUAUGUUGAAAAAGUUAAGCGAUUAAGACUUGGUGAAGGGAAUGCCAUUGCAAUACAAGCAUAUUUUGCAAAGAUGCAAACACAGUGCUCGAGAUUUUACUUUAGCAUGGAUUUAGAUGAUGAAUCCCGACUACAAAAUGUCUUCUGGGCCGAUAAUCGGUGCAGGCAAGCGUAUAAGAAAUUCGGUGAUGUUGUUACUUUUGAUACCACAUACCUGACAAACAAGUAUAACAUGCCAUUCGCCCCGUUCGUUGGCAUCAAUCAUUAUGGACAGUCAACAUUACUUGGUUGUGGGUUGUUGUCGAGCGAAGAUAUAGAUAAUUUUGUCUGGUUGUUCAGAACAUGGCUAUAAUGUAUGCAUGGUCAGGCACCUCAUGGAAUAAUUACCGACCAAGAUCGGGCCAUGCAAAAUGUCAUUCGAAUCGUUUUUCCAAACACAAGGCAUAGAUGGUGUCUAUGGCAUAUUUUAAAGAAGUUGCCUGAAAAAUUUGGGUAUCAUGAUGGCAAGUCUUCGAUAUUUGGUGCUAUACAUGUAUUAGUUUAUGAUUGUCAAUUUGUUGAAGAAUUUGAGAAUGGAUGGGCUGCGAUGAUUAACAAGUACAACUUGAAGAUAAUGAAUGCUUAUCUAGGUUGUAUGAGAACAGAAGCCGUUGGGUUCCAUAUUUUUUGAAGACCACUUUUUGGGCAGGGAUGUCGACGACACAGAGGAGCAAGAGUAUGAAUGCGUUCUUUGAUAGUUACGUGCAUUCGAAGACCACGCUGAAGCAAUUUGUAGAACAGUACGAACGAGCACUACGAUGUAAGGUAGAGAAAGAGUUCCAAGCUAAUUUCAAAUCUUUUUCGCAAAUGGUCCCAUGUGCAACGCAAUACGAAAGUGAACUACAAUUUCAGUCAGUUUAUACCAUUGCAAGAUUCAGGGAAGCUCAGGAUGAGUUCACGGGAAAGGUUUGCUGUGAUGUCAUAUCUACUUUGGAGGGAGAUACGUUGACGACGUAUGAGGUGCGCAAGGAUGUUAUGCAUGAGGGGCGACGAAGGAAAAAAAUUCUUCGUCUCAUUUGAGAGAGAGAACUGUGACAUCGUUUGUAGUUGCCAUUUGUUCGAGUUUAGGGAAAUUCUUUGUCGCCUUUCAAUUGCAGUUCUUAUUCGUUGCGAUGUCACGUACCUUCCGGAGAGGUACAUACUGCGGAGAUGGAGAAAAGACGUUAGUCGAGCACACACCAGAGUCGCCGUGAAUUAUGAUGGUUUGAUCAGCUCUCCUGGGCAAUUGAGAUAACUAUGUCAUGAGUUUGCAAAACUGGUUGACCUUGCUAUAGACGACGAAGGGCGAUCGCGUGUGAUACUAGAUUGGAUAAAACUUCAGUGCAAAGAUCUUUCGAUGUUGAAAACAUCACACAGUGGAAGCAAUGUGAUCGCACAUCAUACUAUUCAAGUAGCCGAUCAGUGUACGACUCUCAGAACGAUGCCAGGUGAGCAUAAGAGAUCCAAAAUUGUCACGUAGAAAGGGAGCGCCCAACAAAUUGAGGAAAAAAGGUCCGCUAGAGUCGAGUUCGGAGAACACAAAGACAGCAUCAAGCAAAGGAAGGAGACCUACUGGACGACAUAGUGGUACGCAAGAGAGCGCUAUCCACGUUCAUGAAGCUCAACAGCAAAACAACUCAAUGUAGCCUCCGCCUCCUUGCCUACAAUAUUCGAUGCCAUCAACAUUUCCCGUCUCACAGUAUACUUUUGCUACACCAUUCUCGCAUUCAGGGCUAUUACCGAUGUCAAAUUACAUCGCACCAUCGUCAUAAAAUAUUAUGCAUAAUUCGCAAGGUCAACCAAUGCCAUACUAUCAUCCAUAUUUAUCAGACCAUGGAGGCUCAGGUUUGUGUAAUAAAUUCUAGUUAUUGAAGAAAUGGGAUGAGAUAUCUUGAUACCUAAGUGAUUAUAUUGGGUUGUGCCUUUUGCUAUAUAUUCACUGGUCAUUUGAUAUUUCUGCUCUUUCUAAUACUUUUAACUACGAAAUCCUCGAAUGCAAAUGCAUGGUUGAGAUAUGAUAUGAUUUACAUAAGAUCAUUGGAUCGAUUAGUUGGAUAAACAAGGGUAUUACAAACUCUAUAUUUUUGUUGACAGAUUUCAAGAGCAGCAGCUUUCAACUCAUAAUCUUUAGGAUUAUUCAAUUUCGUACUUUUCAUCAUUUCAUAAUUAUGUGCUUCAACUAAGGUCUUAAUUGCAUGGAGUAGCAUUUAUUAUUUUAGUGUUUCUUAAAAACUAUUAUGUCGCCAUUAAUGAAAGCAAUGUAAAAUGAAGAAAAUGCACUAUUCUGCACGUUCCCUGCAAUAUGGGCGUGGUCUGACCACUGUUGUCUCCUGGCAUAAUUAUAAUGAGAAGUGCAUGCAUUAACAAUCAUAAUUCUCUUCAUGAUAAGCUAAAGAAAAUGCAAUUAUCAAAAGAAAUGUUUCAGUCGAGAUUGUUUGACAUAUUUUUUUCAUAUACAUCAAAAUGCACGUUGUAGGAAAAAUAUAGCGUGCAUACAGAUACUAAGAUACUUUUCUUCUUUAAUCCUGUUAUGUUGAAAUUGCAGGCACUCUAUAAAGAAGUAAUGCCUGGUUUUGAUGUCUUGGGAAAAAAAAUCCUUAUUUCUCAACAACGUUUGGAAAUGGAGUAAAAAUGAAACUUUUGGAAAUGGGCAGGUAAUGAUGCAUUCAUUAUUACAGCACCUUCAUUUGCCACAAAUUGUAUAUCCAGUGUAAACAUAAAAAAAUUUUCCCCUACACAUGAUGCCUUCAUUUCCAAAAAAUCAUAAGAUGCUUUUGUUUCUUUUUUAGCAUAGGUUGGUGGCCUUUUUGUUAAUUUAAGCUAAUUCCCAGCUUCUUUAUCUGAUCUGCAAAAUAUAUAUAGCUGUUUUUGCAUCAUUUACUGAAUAUUGCUUGAGGCUUUCUUCUAAUACAUAGUUUGCUAAUAGGUUGCUAUUGUCGAAGACAUGAGGGAAUCAAUGCUUGAAGAUAUUUACAUGACUUGAGACUUACUAGGCAGGCUACAACAAUUUAUAAGACCUGGGAAUUCAUAUUUGGCAAAAGCGUACCCCCAGAUCAGUUGCUCGGGCAUUCAUACAAUUGUUAAAUGCUGUACAUUAUGUGGAUGGAUUUUGAAUGGUCUUAAGGAGUUCACUAUUGCCGUUAUGGUCUCAUUAGGCAUGUUCAACUAAGAAAUGUAAUUAAGUUCUGUCAUUUUUAAUAUGGUUGAAAGCUUAUUUGAUCAACCAACAAAUGUUUUAAGUUCUAUCACUCUUAAUAUGGUAUAAAGCUUAUUUGUUCAAUUAAUUGUUUUUAGUGUA